GUUCUGUCCUCACUCUCGGCGGGCGCUCUGUUUCCCAGCUCUCGUCCCACCCCCCCUCCUCCACCAUCUCUCCCUUCCUCUCUGUUCGUCUCUCCAGUUUCAUUUCGCUGACUCGUCCCGGCAUCACCACCUGCCCGAGGAGGGUCCAGGGCGCCCCGGAGUGCACGGCAGGGCAGCAUCCCUCGGCUCCGCUACUCCCCCGCUCCUACCGCCUUCCAGAGGGAUUUCCCUGCACAAACGCCGCGGGACCCAGGCUGUCACGCAAACACCCUCCGGACUGGUUGUGCGGCUCAGGGGACCCUCGAGCACUAUGAGGCACGUUACGUAAGUCUGGGAGCAGCUCUGCGGCGCGCACAUCCCUCCUUCUCCAGGGUCUCGUUUGCUUUUAGUAGUCACCGAGCCCAGCGGUGGUUCAUCACGGAGUUCGUCUGACAAUGGCCAUCAACACGGACGCGCAUUUUGAGAAAGAAAGUCUCGGGGGCGGUGGCUCGAGCCUCCCCACCGACUCUCAGGAAACGGACAAACUUUUAAACGCUGCUUCUGAGGCGAAAGGCGAAAACGGUCUCAAGUCGCCCGACUCGUAUUCGGUCAGCAUGCAAGAGUCGGACCAGAAUGGACACGGCAUGCAGUUCAGGUCCAGCUCCUCGGGGCAGCUCGGGGACCCCCAGCUGUCUCCAUCCAGAGUGAGCUUGGCGCGGGCAUCGUCCAGCGGGAACACGGCGCAGGAAAAUCAAAGACCCAGGGACUACCUGAUUCUGGCCAUCCUGUCGUGCUUCUGUCCGAUUUGGCCCGUCAACAUCGUUGGGCUCGUCUACUCCAUUAUGUCCAGGUACAGCUUGCAGCAGGGUGAUGUGGAUGGUGCACGGAGGCUGGGACUGCUUGCCAGACUUCUGAGCAUCGUUUCCAUAGUGCUUGGAAUCAUCAUCAUUACUCUUUACAUCGUCCUGAAUUUCACAGUGUACAAGUAAAUCCAGAGAAAAGGUCAGAAGCCUUGGAACUAAUACAGUCUUUCUCCUAUAUAUAAAAAAAA